AUGCCGCCAGGUCCUUUGCACGAUGAACUCAUCUUUGAACGCCUCGAUGAUGUACGCCUCCUGCGGCACUACGAGAACAAUGCCAUGGCCUGGGCUGGGCCGCUCUCGACAACAGACUUCCUAGAUGUUCAUUUCAGACUGAGCACUAUUCCAGGAGAAGCCUCCGCCUUUGAGAUCUGGGCACUCCGCAAACCCGACGAUCCUUUGGGUAUCAUUUCGAGCUGCGCAACACAUCUCCGCGACGCAAUCGCGAGCCGCGGCAAGGGCGUGAGGAUGACUGGUGCUGUCGUCAUAUCCGAAAUCUUUACCGAUCCCGAAUACCGCGGCCGCGGCUUCGCCAAGCUGCUCCUCAAGAGAGUACAAGACCACUUUGAUGAGCGGGACGAUUUGGAUAUUGACUUUACCGUCAUCUAUGGUAAUGGUUCCUUGAACUGGUACCGAGAGCUGGGGUGGAAGCCUGUCACAGCGACCCAGCUGACCAUCAAUGUUGAGCGCUUCCGGGCUUGCGCUGGGUCUGAAUGUGAGAAAUUGGAAUUUCUCACAUUCCGGGAAGUCUGCAACAUUGCCAAUUGCGACGUCAACAUCAGCAAGCUGCGUCUCUCCAAGGCUCAAGGCCCCAAAACCCACGUCCAACUUCUACCCAGCGCGUUUUUGGCCCGACGGCACCUAUACCGCUCCGCCUUACUCGCCUACAAACUGCGUCAAAGUCACAUUUAG